AUGGAAAGAUUAUAUCAGGACCUGGGAAGGCCGCGCUUUGAGGUGGAUGACUCGAAACCGCGUAGAAUGGCUGCUGUGCUGCAUCCAGCGCGAUUCGACUCCGUUUACCAGGAAGAUCGGCUCGAACAAGUGCUGUCGUUCAUGCUUCCUAUGUUUCGCUUCUGGAUCGUGGCCAGGAAAGGGGCUCCAGGUUCCACAACGAACGCUUACAGCUGCUGCGAGAAUGCCGUGGACAGGAACCUCGGCUGCUAG